AGUUCCUCAGCAGCAGCAGACAGCGCCUCCUCCUCUUCUUCCAUCACCAUCCAUCCUCUCUCUCCUCCUCCUCCUCCUCCUCCGGUGUUCCUCUCCAUGCCGGCGGAGGGCUCGGUCUCCGCGUGGCUGCCAUGGCGAAGAUCCGGGUGUCGUACGAGUACUCCGAAGCCGAGGACAAGAGCAUCCGGCUGGGUUUGUUCCUGAUCGCCUGCGGGAUCCUCAGCCUCUUCAUACUCGGCUUCUGCUGGCUCAGCCCGACCCUGCAGAGUCUGCAGAGCAAGCCCGCCAACUGCACGGUUGUGUCAGUGUUGCGUCCAGAGGAGAUGUUCGAGUGCGUGUUUACCUGCGGUACGGACUGUAAGGGGACGUCUCUUUAUCCCUGCCUGCAGAUCUUCGUGAACAACUCAGAGUCCAACUCUGUCGCUCUGCUGCACUUUGACGAACAACAGCUGGUUCUCAACCCCAAGUGUUCGUACGUUCCUCCCUGUGAGAGAGACAACCAGAAGAACAGAGACAGCGUCCUAUGGUGGGAGGAUUACUUCACCAAAGAGGUCAGCAGUCAGUCCUUCACGUGCUUCUUCAACCAGCAGAGGAGACCAGACGACGUGUUGUGGCGGCGUUCCCAUGACACCAGCGUCCUGCUGCACUGCGUCCUCUGGCCAAUGGUGUCUCUCCUUCUGGGCACGCUCAUCGUUCUCCUGACAGUGUGUGCUCGCUCCCUGGCCGUCCGAGCGGAGGCUCUCCAAAAGAGGAAGUGCUCUUACGAGGUGUGUCAAGACCUGUCGCUGCCUUCAGAGCGCCUUGCCGCAAAGGUGGACGACCUCCUGACCACAAACUCUGAGCCUGAGCCCGAGCUGUCGUCACCUACAAGGACCCUGCCAUUGUUUGCAGUGCCGGUGCGACGCCGGGAUCGAGAACAUUAA